CCAAGGAGAUGAGAACACGCCUCAGCACUAUCUUGCUCUGUCUACUAUCCCUGAGUCUACUGGAGAGAGGACAAGGGAGCUUCCACUACUGGAAGAAUUGGGCCCGUGGUUACGUGCGGACAGGGCUUGGUUAUACUCUCCCUGAGAAUGCAGACAAACAUGCUGCCACCGUCAAGCUUGUUAAAGCCUUAAUACAAGAACUCAAGAUGUCUGCUGUUAAUGUUCAAGAAGCGUUCAAGGGAGACAAAGUGGACACAGACCUCCACAUUGAGGCCCCAGCCAACAAGGCUGAAGUGUCGUACGACAGUGGUGCAGCUGCUGAGCUGGGUAAUGUGCUCACCCCCACCCUCGUCCAGAACCAGCCCACAGUCACCUGGCCAACAGAGGAGGGCUCUCUCUACACUGUGCUCCUCACUGAUCCUGAUGCUCCCAGUCGAGAGGACCCCAAGUUUGGGGAAUGGCGUCACUGGUUGGUAGUGAACAUCCCCGGUAACAACAUUGCCUCAGGGGAAGUACAAGCAGAGUACGUCGGGGCUGGACCACCCAAAGGCACUGGACUGCAUCGUUACAUAAUCCUUGUAUUCAAGCAGCCUGGACGAGUGACCUACACUGAUGCCAAGCUUGGACUGAGUACCAAGGAUCGUAACAACACCAAGACAACGGAUCUGGUAGCCAAGUACAACCUCGGUAACCCUGUGGCUGGCAACUUCUUCAAUGCUGAGUAUGAUGACUAUGUGCCCAAGCUCUACGAGAAGCUCAGUGGAUAGACUCUCUAUUUUGAAACUGAAAACAUUGCCAUGAUAAUUAUAAUUAUAGAACAUGUUGUGGUAUAAACUCGUUCUAAGAUUUUGUACAGACAAAUUCAAACCUUCAUCGAUCAUUUUACAUAAUAAUGUUGCUUUAUAUACAUAUACACACGUCAA